AUGACUAAUAACGAUAUUCAUGACGCCGAAGAAAUCGAAAACUCGGAACCAAAAAAUUCUUUAGAAGAACCUUUUGAUUUUCCAAAAGGAUUUGAUGGAAAAGCAACAAACUCAAAUUCUGAAAUAAGUGACGAAAGUAGCCAAGAAAAAUUAUCGGAAAAGGAGGAAUUUUAUGAUGAAAGUUGGGAAGAAUUUAACGAAAGCAAUACUAACGUCGAUAAUAAAAAUACCAAAUCAACAACAAAUCAACAAAAGCAACCAUCUCAACAAGAAAAUUUAAAAUUAAUUUCAAAUUCCCCUGUCACAUCGAGUAAUCCCACCUUUAAUACCCCUUUAAAACCACACAAUUUAAACAUUCAACAACAAAAAAUAUUAGGUUCAGAUAGUAAUUUUUCACAAGAAUCUAAUUAUAAUUUAUCACCUAAAUUACAAAAUUUAAAUAUCACACAAUCAAUUGCCAACAAAGAGAGUAAUGAUUCACAAUCUCUUCCGCAAAGCACUCAUGGUACAAAACUACCUUCAAGACCUGAAAUUUCAACGAUGACAAUAACAACCAAAGGUAAUGGUUUUGAAGAAUUAUUUCCUUUGUCAGAAAAGGACAUAUCAGGUCAUGAACAUAAUAGCGACCUUUCAGAAUUUCAAGGAACACAAUCAACAACACCACAAACAAAUUCGAAAUUUCUAAAAAAUAUACAAGAUAAUAAUUUGACCCCCAAACCUAGUAUUGAAACGUUAAAUCAAACAUUUGGCAGGAAGAGAUCUUUAAACAUCGACGCGAUUUCAAAAUCGUCGUAUCAAGAAGGAAAUUUUUCGCCACAAUCAACACUUUACGAUUUACAUCAUCAUUCUCAACAUAAAGUUUCGACUACUUAUGGGCACGAGUCAAUACGAAAAAUUUCACAAAGCGAAGAAGGGUCACAGUCUGCCACCCAAAAGCAAUUCCGAGACAAAGUGCAAUCAUCUUUACAACAAAACAUCCCACUAGCACCCGAGUUAAAUAUUUUAAGUUAUAACACUCAAAUACAUCAAAAUUCACCGCAAGCGCGUCAUAAAGAUAAAUCGCUUUCAGAAAAUAAACAAUGGGAAUCAGAUUUAAGACAAGAUUUCAGUCCAACAGAUAUACAACAAACACAAUUGCCGACAUUUUCUAACUCCAGAACAUUGCGUCGGCAUACUUUAUCCUCUGGUAUAAAUACUCAUCGAAUCCUUUCAAGUGCUCUGGAUAACAACCAUCAAAAUCAUGCAAAUCCUUCUAUGUCACAACGGCCAGAAUUUUUACCAUCUACACAACCAAUAAACAUUAGGCAAGAAAUUAUGUCACCAAAACAAUCAGAAAACCAGAGACAAAUAAAUCUAUCAUCACCUCAACCAAUACAAACAAAUCAAAGACAAAAAUCCUAUCCGCAAACAGAUUCAUCAAAACUUGUUUACAGUUUAUCAUCGCAAUCUUCAACACCCGUGCAAAGGUUUUUGUUGCCAGAUACAUUCAAAGAGUCCUCUUUUCCUGUUCAAAUUCAUCAAAGUUCAUCAACGAUUCAUCAUUCUAACAAUUUAAGUUCACCACCACAACAAGAAAUCUCGCAAACUGUCAAAGCUUCAUUACCACAAAUAACGUCAAGUCAACGACCUUUACCACAAAAACGUAAAUCAAAGGGCGCACUUGAUUUUAUAUUAAAUGAAGGAUCUGGAUCGACUAAUGACGAUAAUGGAUCAACUAACAAAAAGUCAUUGUUGGUUGGAAUUUUUCCUUUUAAUAAUUUUAUCGAAUCUUCUUCUUCAAGCUUCUUACACUAUUGGUUAGGUUUUGAGCUUUUGUUUUAUUUUUAUUUUUUACUAACAAAAAGUCGAUUACAAAAACUAUUGGAACCUGUAACUUUAAGAAAAGAUCAACGCAACAAAAUUUUACACGAGUGUUUACAAGAAGUUGAAGACUUCAAAACUUGGAUUGAAGGUUGGUUUAAAGUUGAUGAUAGAAAAACCACCUUUGAUCAAAUUCACAGGUUAAACUUUGCAGAAUGGUUAACAUGGAGUUUUUUUGGAUGUGGCUUUGAUCAGAUACAAAAUAAAGAACAUGAAAAUGAAAUCAUAGACAUUAUCAGUUUAAUUGAGAUCAGUAAUAAUAUCAAAUUUCCUGAAGGUUAUAAUCCAAAUUGUAAAUGCAUCAAAUUAACUCUCGAUCCUGUUAAAGCAAUUCCUAGACCUUUUAUUUACUAUAUGUCAAUUUAUAUAUUAAAUUAUAUGGUAAGGGUUUUUUUAGGAUUGUGCGGAUUUGAACAUAAAAGUUGUAAAGAAAGUAUCUUGAAUGGUUAUUGGUCAAGCACACUAGAAUUUGACAUUCAAGAAGAAAACUCUCUUUCAUCACUGUCUAAAAUUAGUUAUUGGUAUUUCAAUCCAAGUAACAAAAAAAGAAAAAAGAAAACUCCAAUUGUUUUCAUACAUGGCGUUGGAGGAUUGUUCUGUUAUUUCACAUUUAUCAAAAAGUUACGGAAAUUAAAUAGACCUUUAUUUCUAGUUGAAUUGCCUUAUGUGUCAUUCCAAAUGGUCGAAGAUGUUCCAAAAAUGCAUGAAACUGUAGAAGAGAUUGAAAGAAUGAUAAUUUCUAAAGGUUAUUCUUCUGCAAUAUUUGUGGGUCAUUCUUUGGGCACAAGUAUUUGUUCUUGGAUGAUUAAGGAAGCACCAAAAAGAGUUAAAGGUUUGGUAUUGGUUGAUCCAAUUUGCUUCCUAUUGCAUCAUUCUGAUAUUGCAUUCAAUUUUGUAUAUCGAAAACCUGUUACUGCAAGUGAGUAUUUAACUGCGCUUUUUGCAUCAAGGGAAUUGUACAUAUCACAUUAUUUCUCGAGACAUUUUCAUUGGCACGAAACUGCAUUAUUCAUCUCAAAGCAAAAAAUAUUUCGCAAAAAUGCAUUCAUUUAUUUAUCAGAACUAGACAAUAUUAUUCCUUCCGAUAAAGUUUACAAAUAUUUAAAUAAUAAAAAAGUAACUGUAAAUAUGAUGUCUGGAUUAGAUCAUGCAAAUUUCUUGUUUAACCCAUAUUGGGUUGAUAAGAUUAUUGAUGAUAUUUUAUAUUGCUGCGAUAAUUGUGAUUCGGCAAGAAGAAGUUUUUAA